AUGGCUACUGCUUCUUCUCUCCUCCCAAGUCCGCACCUUCCCGCACCCCUCAUCUCCAAACUCAACUCUUCCCCCACAACAUGGAGCAUCUUCAUCCUCACACACCCUUCACACCCCAAACUCAGAAACAAGCAAAAGCUGUUACCUUUCCCCAUCAAUGCAGUGUACACACCCCGCAGCCCCUACGCCCCUUCCACACCCUCCAAGACUGAACCCCGCAACGACGUCAUUUCCGUCCUCAACGAGAGGAUUCGCCGCGAGUACAGCAAGAAAGAGAUUUUUAGAACGGUGAUGGACUCGGAGGAAGCGGGGAAGUACAUGCGGAUGGUGAAGGAGCAGCAGCAGAAGGGGUUGCAGAAGUUGAAGGGCGACAGGGAGAGCAAAGAUGGAGUUUUUAGCUACAGGGUCGACCCUUACACGCUCCGUUCUGGGGACUAUGUUGUGCACAAGAAAGUGGGGAUUGGGAGGUUUGUUGGGAUAAGGUUCGAUUCUGGUAAGAAUUCUUCACAAACCACUGAGUAUGUUUUCAUCGAGUAUGCUGACGGCAUGGCGAAGCUACCUGUCAACCAGGCUGCCAAAAUGCUCUAUAGAUAUAGUCUGCCAAAUGAAACCAAGAAGCCAAAGGCAUUAAGCAAGUUGAAUGAUACUGGUGCAUGGGAGAGAAGAAAGGUUAAAGGGAAGGUCGCAAUACAGAAGAUGGUUGUGGACCUGAUGGAACUCUAUCUACAUAGGCUUAAACAAAAAAGGCCUCCCUAUCUGAAGACUCCUGCCUCGGUUGAAUUUGAAGCUCAGUUCCCUUAUGAACCCACGCCAGAUCAGAAACAGGCAUUUAUUGAUGUUGAGAGGGAUAUGACAGAGCGAGAAACUCCAAUGGACAGAUUAAUUUGUGGAGAUGUUGGUUUUGGUAAAACCGAGGUUGCAAUACGUGCUAUCUUCUGUAUUGUCUCAGCUAAAAAACAAGCGAUGGUUCUGGCACCAACUAUAGUUCUAGCCAAACAACAUUUUGAUGUUAUUUCAGAGCGCUUUUCUGUAUACCCUGAUAUCAAGGUUGGGCUACUAAGCAGGUUCCAGACCAAAGCAGAGAAAGAAGACAAUUUGGACAUGAUUAAGAAUGGUAGCCUGGAUAUCAUCGUUGGGACUCAUUCACUCCUAGGAGAUCGUGUUACUUAUAACAAUCUUGGUCUGCUUGUGGUUGAUGAGGAGCAGAGGUUUGGUGUCAAACAGAAGGAGAAGAUUGCUUCUUUUAAAACAUCUGUGGAUGUACUUACUUUAUCUGCAACCCCCAUACCACGAACUCUUUAUUUAGCAUUAACAGGGUUCCGUGAUGCCAGUUUAAUUACAACUCCACCACCAGAAAGAGUUCCUAUCAAGACUCACCUUUCUUCAUUCAGUGAGGACAAAGUAAUAUCAGCCAUCAAGUAUGAGCUGGAUCGUGGUGGUCAAGUAUUUUAUGUUCUGCCACGUAUUAAAGGGCUUGAUGAAGUAAUGGCAUUUCUUGUAGAGUCAUUUCCGAAUGUGGAAAUAGCCAUUGCCCAUGGGAAGGUUGGUAGUCACAACUUUUUAAGCGUCUAG